AUGAAUAAUGCAUGCCAAAUGAAAAUCGACCAGUAUCCUUCAUUAAAUAAAUGCAAUUCAGCACUGUACCAAUCAUUUUAUCGAUUUUUACGUAUUGGUGCUACGCUCCCAGUAUCGGUAGCUACAAGUGUAUGCUUGUUUUCUUCCCUUGGUAAAUUGAGAACGCAUUAACGUAACAAAAACAGGCGUAGAAAAAUUAAAUGGAUUAACAUUGUUAAAUGUAUAUAGAGACAUAGAAGUUAAUUAUGAAGAUAUUCUUAACAUAAUAAUAAUGGCUAAAACUUUACGAAAAUUUGAUUUAGUAUUGUAAUUUUUGUUAUAUCAAUAUUUAUAUUUUAAAAAAAGUAUUGUAAAUAUAGCUAAUUUUCAUAAAAAAAAUGUUGUAUGUUUAUUAAAAAAAGUUGUACUUUUCAAUAACUGAUUUUCAAAAAUAUCCCCCCCCAAAACUUUUUUCUACACAGGUAUGCCCUCGAUUGAACGCCUACGGAGAAACAACCACCAAUGGGCAUCCACACAGUGGAAGGCAGGACGGUGGGACAAUGGCUCGUAAUGUCCAACGCGGAGGUGUUGGGCCACUCGGUACUGCAGCUGGCAGUAGAACGCGGUCUGGUAUGGGUGGUCCAGUCCUAGUUCGGGAGCCAGGACCAGUUUCAACCUCGUACCCAUGUCGGGAUACUAGUCCAGUGGCAACCACAUAUCCAGAGUCUGACUAG